AUGCAGCAGCAAGUCAUUGGAACUAUUGAGCAGCCCGCGACGCGACUGGGCGAGGGCAGCGCCGUCAGCCUCGUCGCUCUCGGCGCCGUGCUGCUUGUGCUGGGCACCCAGGCCACGGCGCUGCGUUUCUGGGCGCGCCGGCGCACGGGUUCGCCUCUUCUCCUCGACGACUGGAUGAGUCUCCCAGCGUGGAUGAGUUUUGUCGGCGCGGCGUCGCUGGUCCUCUUCUGUGUCGGUAUUCAUGGUCUCGGAUAUCCCAGGACGGAUUAUCUGCCCGGCGUGCCGUCACGCAUGACCAAGAUCCUCGCAAGAGCCCUCCUCAGCUUCAACUGCCUCUCUAUCCUCUGUUUCGGCACCUCCAAGGCGAGUGCGCUGCUCUUUUACCAUCGCGUCUUUUUCGGCAGCGGGCAGCACCCGGACCUCCGCCGGACCAUCCUGGUCGGCCUGCUGGUGCUGCUUGCAUGGACGGUCUGGUUCGAGUUCAUGACCAUCUUUCAGUGCGGUACGCAUUUUGACGCACCGUGGGACGGCACCAAGCUCCGGUACUGCACCUGGUCGAACCCGUCCAUCGAGGGCGUGGCCGUGUCCGACGUGCUGCUUGACGCAUUUGUCGUUGCGCUCCCGAUUUAUCUAAUUACGAAGCUCGCAACUUCGCGGAAGAAUAGGAUUGCCAUUGCUAGUGUUUUUCUCGUCGCUUUGGUUGGUGUCGCUGCGUCUAUCGCUCGUCUCAUAAUUGUCGAGCGCGUCAUUCGGGCCGGCCGCGAGGCAGUCAAUGAAGACAUGGAGUAUUACAUGUCCAAAACUGCCUUUUACUUUGUCCUCGAGGCUGGCAUCAGCGUCACCGUCUUGAACCUGCCUCCCAUAUGGACAGCGCUCGGCGGAGAUGCCCAACUCCUCAGCGGAUUUGUGACUUUGGAAGACGAAGAGAGGACUUGA